UUCUGACCAUGGAUAAGCUUACACUAUAUUUCUUUAGUGUGUGUCUUUUUUCAGCCCUUAGAGUCUUGAAAGGUGACAAAAUAUCAUCAUGUAGCCAAACCCCAUAUCCUGAAAUCUGUGAUUCUCUUAUUAGUACUACUCCUCUAUCAACCCUUGAUGACACCCAAUUCGGAUUCCGUGAUUUAGCCCUCCAGGCCACUGUGGACCAUGCCGAACAGGCUUACCAGCUCAUGUCAAACAUGGACCUAUUCUCUUUGGACGAUCGAGCUAAGAUGGCAUGGACUGAUUGUGUGGAGCUUUUCGAAGACACAAUUAGCCACCUUAAUCGCUCACUUGGGUCCACAAAUCCAGGUCGCUUCGAAGAUGCUCAGACAUGGUUAAGUGCGGCGGUCGCCAACGAACAAACGUGCCAAAAUGGAUUCAUCGAGCUCAAUUCAACAUCGCAUUUAGCCUCCUUACCAAUCAUGUUUGGCAACAUAUCAAAACUUCUUAGCAACUCACUGGCAAUUAAUAAGGCAGUGGCUACAUCAACCGCCGCUCUAUCUAGUAAAUCAGGCGGUGGUCGACGGCUACUUGCUGGCAAUUUCCCAAAUUGGGUUUCAGCCACUGAGAGGAAGCUUCUCCAAUCAUCCACCACAGCCUCAAAAGCUGAUCUUGUGGUAGCCAAAGACGGAUCUGGCAAUUACAAAACUAUUUCAGAAGCUGUCGCCGCUUCUUCGAAGCUAAGGAGUGGAACUAAGAGAUUCAUUAUAUAUGUUAAAGCUGGUGUUUAUAGUGAAAACGUGGAGAUUAAGAAAAUGAAGAAUCUGAUGUUUAUCGGCGACGGCAUCGAUGCUACUAUCGUCACCAGCAACAAGAAUGUUCAAGAUGGUUCGACGACUUUCCGAUCAGCAACCUUUGCGGUCACCGGAGACGGCUUCAUCGCCCGAGACAUGACGUUCCAGAACACGGCUGGGCCACAGAAACAUCAGGCGGUCGCGCUCCGAUCAGGAGCAGACUUCUCAGUAUUCUACAAAUGCAGCUUCAAGGGCUACCAAGAUACGUUAUACGUCUACUCCCAGCGACAAUUCUACAGAGAUUGCGAUAUUUAUGGAACAAUUGAUUUUAUAUUUGGAGAUGCAGCAGCAGUCAUCCAAAACUGCAAUAUAUAUGUAAGACGGCCCAUGAGCAAUCAAAAGAAUACGGUGACCGCUCAAGGAAGAUCGGACCCGAAUGAAAACACUGGCAUUUCAAUCCACAAUUCAAGGAUCAUGGCAGCAUCAGACCUGAGGCCCGUACAAGGGUCGAUCAAUACAUAUCUGGGCCGUCCAUGGAAGAAGUAUUCAAGGACCGUGAUCAUGAAGACGGAUCUCGGUGAUCUGAUUAAUCCUGCAGGGUGGCUUGAAUGGAGUGGGAGUUUUGGUUUAAGUACUCUUUACUAUGGAGAGUAUAUGAAUACUGGCAGUGGGGCUGCCACCGGUAGGCGAGUGAAAUGGGCUGGGUUUCAUGUUAUCACGAGUGCAGCGGAGGCCGGAAAAUAUACCGCCGGCAGUUUCUUGGGUGGGGGUUCAUGGAUUCCGGCAAGUGGGGUGCCUUAUACUUCAGGGCUUUGAAAUGUUUCGUCUGUCAUGUGGUUAUUGCUUAUGACUUCUGUUCUUUAAUUUCUUCUUCUUUUUAUCUUGUUGGUACAUGUAUUUAUUAAAGUUUAGGUAGAGAAAAUGGUUGUACACUUCAUUGAAUUUAAGACCACUGCUGAUGGGGUCUUGGGCCCCAUGUAAUUUGUAUUUUUUACAUAUGAUAAUAAAGUCAUUGUUUUGA